UCCUUCUUGAAGUGGGAAAAAGAGCAAAAAAUAGAACAAAAACCCUCCCUUGAUGAUAAAACCCAAAACCUACCACUGCCCUGCAAAAACCUCUGCGACUUUUCUCGGAAUUGUCAUUCCUGCUGACUCUGAGAGUGCGAGUUAUGGGAAGUUAUAUAAUCGAGAGUAAAAUCGGUGGUUAGAGCAAUUGAAGAAUAGGAGAGGCCAUGGCGAUUAAGAAGAAAACGGCACUUCAGCUUGAAGCUCUUGAGAAAUUCUACGCAAAGCAUAAGUAUCCUUCCCAAAGUGCAAUCAAGGAGAUUUCUGCUGUAUUGGGAUUGUCGUGUAAGCAGAUCCGAGGAUGGUUUAUGGAGAAGAGGAGAAGAGACAAAAGGAUCGGUACAAUUGUGGUACCACCUCGAGUUACGAACAGAGAAAAAUCUACAGCUGCAUCAUCUUCUAAAUUCAUAAAACCAAUUAUUAUCCAGGAGUUAUUGCCAGCAGACUACAUUCUGACAAAGAUUUUUUGGAAGGAUGGACCUCCUCUUGGUGCGGAAUUUGACUCUCCUCCUUCCAGAGCAUUUUCAUGCUGUGCUUCUAGAAAUUUGCAUCUUGCAAGCCAAGAGACACAACGAGCAACAAAAAGGAGAAAGGUUUCAAAGCAUGUUCUCGUGGAUCCUGAGGAUUUUGACAAGAGUGCUCCGGUGAGGAAACAUGGUAUUGGGAAAGGUUUGAUGACAGCUUGGCGUGUAAGUCAAGCUGAUGGAGGAUAUUUUCCUACUGGUGUAAGUCAAGUCCCAACUCCUGCACCACCAAAACCACCAUGCCAGAACAAAAAACUGCGACAAUUUGCCUCUAUUAUGAAACAGAGAAAGUUGGAAAACAAAUUAAAGGAUAACAAGAAACGUCCUGUCAAAACAAGAAGGGUGGAACUUAAAAAGGAUAUACUACAGAAGCCGAUACAGAAAGAAAGAUGCAAACUUGCUCUGGAAAGAGUGGCAUCUCAUUCUCAUGAACAUCUCAACCAAUUUACAAUGUUGGCGGACGAUGAAGAGCUGGAGUUGAGAGAGUUACAGGCAGGCCCAAAUCCACUAACUUGUGAACAUUUUGCUGCCAAUGGACUACGUGGUUGUUCGCUUUGCAGAGAUGUUCUGUCUAAAUUUCCUCCAACUUCUGUUAAGAUGAAGCCACCAUUCGCGAUGCAACCUUGGGAUUCUUCACCAGCGAUGGUCAAGAAACUUUUUAAGGCCUUCCAUUUCCUUUAUACUUAUUCUGUUACAGUUGAUAUAUGUCCCUUCACUCUUGACGAAUUUGCGCAAGCGUUUCAUGAUAAGGAUUCCUUGUUACUUGCAAAGAUUCAUGUGGACCUUCUGAAGCUUCUUUUGUCUGAUAUCGAAACGGAGCUUAACAGUGGUCUUUGGCCCAAUCUGAGCAUAUCGUGCAAAUUUCUUGCAUUACUUCACUCGGUUGAAAAUCAAUUAUAUGUUCUGGAGUUCUGGAGGAAAUCUCUGAACCCACUUACGUGGAUGGAAAUACUUCGUCAAGUAUUGCUGGCAGCUGGUUUUGGAUCAAAGAAAGGCUCCUUAAGGAAGGAACCCCUGAGCAAGGAAAUGAUCCUCAUGAAGAAGUAUGGCCUACGUCCUGGUACUUUGAAAGGUGAAUUGUUCAAGCUCCUAUUAGAUCAAGGAAAUAAUGGGUUGAGAGUUUCUGAACUUGCCAAGUCUUUGCCUAUUACUGAAUUGAAUCUUGGUUGCACAACUGAGGAGCUCGAACUAUUGAUGUGUACAACUCUUGCAAGUGAUAUCACCUUAUUCGAGAAGAUCUCAUCAUCUGCAUAUCGUCUACGCAUCAGUUCAGCAAAGGAAGUCAAUGAUCCUCAAUCAGAUAUUGAGGACUCUGGAAGUGUGCAUGAUGAUUAUAUUGAUUGGGGGUCAUCCAGCAGCAGUGAUUCUGAGUGCGAUUCACAAAAUUUCAGUCCCAAAAGACUUGAACAUCAGAAUUCUCAUAAAAGUAGAGGUGACGUGCUUGCUGUGUGCACAGUAAUUGACGAGAGCCAACCUGGAGAAGUGUGGAUGCUAGGACUUAUGGAAGGUGAAUAUUCUGAUUUAAGUAUUGAUGAAAAGUUGAAUGCCUUAGUGGCUCUGCUUGAUAUUCUUAGUGCUGGGUCCAGUAUCAGAGUCGAGGAUCUGCCUAGACCUGCUGUAGAAUCCGUUCCCAAUAUUUGUAAUUAUGGUUCUGGAGGAAAAAUAAAGAGAUCAUCAUCACAGAAACGUGACAUGCCCAGACCAUCCUGGGUCCAUGGACAAAUGCUUGAUUUAAAAGAAGCACACACAUCUUUGGAGUUUGGCCCAGUUGAUUCUUCUGUGCCAUUCUCAAAGUUCUAUAGCAAGGAAGAUUCCCCUAGUGCAGGAAGAAAGUCAAAAGAAACAGAAGCUGCAAUCGGUUUACACCCAAUGCAAUCCAUAUUUUUGGGCUCUGAUCGUAGAUACAACAGAUACUGGCUUUUCUUGGGUCCUUGUGAUGAAUAUGAUCCUGGCCAUGUUAGGGUCUAUUUUGAAUCUUCCGAAGAUGGUCACUGGGAAGUGAUUGAUACCGAAGAGGCCCUGAGUGCAUUAUUAUCAGUUUUGGAUGACAGAGGUACUCGGGAGGCUCAUCUUAUUGAAUCUAUGGAGAAGCGAGGAGCUUCUCUCUGCCAAGCAAUGUCAAGUAGGUUGUCAAAUGAUGCCAGAAUCAGGCUGUCACAAUCUGACCACUCUAGUUUGGAAAUUGUAAGAGAAGAGAGUUCUCCUGUGUCUGAUGUAGACAACCUAUGCCUGACUGAGGUCUCAAAAGAUUAUCUACCUCCAUGUGGUGCUAUAAGUCUUGAAGUUGGGAAGAAGGGGGAAGAUCAAAGCCAGAAAUGGAGUUGUCUCCAAGAAUUUGAUUCUUGGAUUUGGAAUAAUUUUUACUUGGAACUUAACACAGUGAAAUAUAGUAAAAGGUCUUAUAUUGAUUCGCUUACUAAAUGUGAGACUUGCCAUGAUCUGUACUGGAGAGAUGAGAAGCAUUGCAAGAGUUGCCAUACCACAUUUGAGCUCGACUUUGACCUAGAAGAACGAUGUGCCGUCCAUGCAGUCACUUGUAGGGAGCAAGGUUACAAUGAUAUGUUCCUGAAAAAUAAAGUCCUAUCAUCCCAGUUGCAAUCGUUGAAAGCUGCAGUUCAUGCAAUCGAGUCUGUCAUACCAGAAGAUGCCAUGGUCGGUGCUUGGACAAAGUCUGAUCAUAGGUUGUGGGUCAAACGCCUUAGGCGCACGUCUUCUUUGGUGGAACUUUUGCAGGUUGUCGCUGAUUUUGCUGCUGCAAUUAAGGAGGAUUGGCUUUAUGAAUGCCACGUUGCUGAAGGCUCAGAUACUGUUAUGCAAGAAGUUAUUGCGUGUUUUCCAAGUAUGCCUCAAACAUCAUCUGCCUUUGCACUCUGGUUGAUGAAAUUGGAUUCAUUAAUUGCACCAUGUAUGGAAAAGGCUCAUUCUUUAAAGAAUCAGGAAAUUCGGUCCAAAUGUACAGGUACUCGUGCUGCUAAGCAAUAGUUUUUUAAACAAUCUGGAGCUUAUGCAAAUGGCAAUUCUGGCACAAAUAUUGUAGGCAUUCAGCAGGGUAGGACCACUGUAUUCGCUGCCCCUUAAUUUUGUUGCCUGCUUUAGAAGCGGUGAAGCAGUUGAUUUUGCCAAUUUUACUUUUGGAUAAAGGCAAGGAGGCAAUGCAUAUAUCUUUGUACAAAGCAGAGGUUAGAAGACCAUAAAAUGUUUUUGGCCGUUGCUGUACUUGGGCAAUUUAAAUAAUUAAAUGUUGUACAGCAUUAGAUGGAUAUAUAUAUAUAUAUAUAUAUAGAGGUAGGAAAUCAAGUUUUUGGUUCAGAACUUUUACAUUGUUCCCUGUAAUUGCAAAAUAACCUUCACUGGUAUUUUCCCAGAAAGGAUGUCCUCGCAACUCUUAUUUCAGUUUUGAUGAAAGAAAUGUUCAGAUGUA